AUGCGUCUAUUUCAUCGGGGGAGGGACUCAGACAGCUGGAACCCCACAAAGCAAACCCUUGCAACGGCCGAGAAGUACACGGCGGUACCAGGUCUGGAUCUUGCAUUUACUCUGGCCACAUCUAUCCAAGAUGGGGCCUUUCUGCAGGUAGCCAACUUGUUGUGGGUGUUUGAUAUCAUGUCCGUGGAAGGGGAAGAGAUGGAUCCAUGGGCCAUGACUGUCGUGGGUUUCAUGACGAUGCCCAAGGAGCUGAGGAUGCGGCUGAAGCCUCGCGGUGACUGGAUGAUGGAGGCCAUCAAACGGGGACCUAAGAUCGCGGCGGAGGACUGGGAUCAAGUGUUGGGGUCUGUCAACGAUGUGGAGGGGUAA